CUCCGCACAUGCUCACUGGGGCCGUGUCAGGAGUUUGGAGGGCACAUUGGGAAGCCCGGCAGAGCCUCCUCUUACACCGGCUCCAGACUUCCCAGCCGCGCAGCAGCUGCCCCAGCCUCCCUCCCCGCGCGGGCGGUGCGGGGACAGGGAGCGGAGAGCCCCCGGGGCGAGCACCUUCCGCAGCCGGUGGUAUAAGGAAAUGCUAGAUCUAGUGAUAUCACCCAGCCUGACUGUAAACAGACAGUGCCCCGAAAGACUGAAGCUUAACCUUUCUAACGUUUAUGCCACAGCUCCAGAUGACAUAGAAGGUAAGUCCAAGCAAAUUGCUCAUAGUGAAAUCAUUGAAUCAGGUAACAGCAAAGCAGCAUCACAGUGUCCUCUCCAUCUCUACUCCACAGAACAUCAUCCCCAUAUAGUGACAGUCCCAUCUUUUCCAACAAUGGCAACCUAUGGACAGACCCAGUACAGUGCAGGAAUCCAGCAAGCCGCUACUUACGCUGCAUACCCUCCACCAGGACAACCUUAUGGAAUACCCUCCUACAGCAUCAAAACAGAAGAUAGUCUGAGCCAUUCUCCAGGACAGAGUGGGUUUCUUAGCUAUGGAUCCACCUUCAGUACCCCAACAACAGGACAAGCACCGUACACCUACCAGAUGCAUGGCACAUCAGGGAUUUACCAAGGAGCCAACGGCCUGACCAAUUCUGCAGGAUUCAGCACUGUUCAUCAGGAAUACUCGUCCUAUCCAAGCUUUCCUCAAAGCCAGUACUCUCAGUAUUACACCUCUUCCUACAACUCUCCUUAUGUAUCGGCGAAUAGCAUCAGUCCAUCAGCCAUCCCAACAUCCACAUACUCUCUCCAAGAGUCUUCACACAACAUCACCAGUCAAAACACAGAAUCACUGUCUGGGGAAUAUGCAACCACACCAGUAAAAGAUACAGAAACAGACAGGCAACACCGAGGGUCUGAUGGAAAGUUACGAGGCCGAUCAAAAAGAAGCAAUGAUCCUUCCCCUACAGUUGACAAUGAGAUUGAGCGGGUGUUUGUGUGGGAUUUGGAUGAGACGAUAAUAAUUUUUCACUCCUUACUCACGGGAACCUUUGCAUCCAGAUAUGGGAAGGACACCACCACGUCUGUGCGGAUAGGUCUUAUGAUGGAAGAAAUGAUCUUCAACCUUGCAGAUACACAUCUGUUCUUUAAUGACCUGGAGGAUUGUGACCAAAUACACAUAGAUGACGUAUCAUCAGAUGACAAUGGACAAGAUCUAAGCACAUAUAACUUCUCAGCAGAUGGCUUUCACAGUUCAACUGCCAGUGCAAAUCUGUGUCUGGGCUCUGGAGUUCAUGGGGGAGUUGACUGGAUGAGGAAAUUAGCAUUCCGCUACCGGCGGGUGAAAGAGAUGUACAAUACCUACAAAAACAAUGUAGGAGGUUUAAUAGGAGCUCCUAAGAGGGAAACCUGGCUUCAGUUAAGAGCAGAACUGGAAGCUCUGACUGAUCUCUGGCUCACUCAUGCUCUCAAGGCUCUGAAUUUGAUACAUUCCCGGCCUAACUGUGUAAACGUGUUGGUCACCACAACUCAGCUCAUACCAGCUCUUGCUAAAGUGCUGCUAUAUGGACUGGGUACAGUCUUCCCCAUUGAAAACAUCUAUAGUGCAACAAAGACAGGGAAAGAGAGCUGUUUUGAACGGAUAAUGCAGAGGUUUGGAAGGAAAGCCGUGUAUGUUGUAAUAGGAGAUGGUGUUGAAGAGGAACAGGGAGCAAAAAAGCACAACAUGCCAUUCUGGAGAAUCUCCUGUCAUGCUGACCUGGAGGCUCUCAGGCAUGCCCUGGAACUUGAGUACUUGUAGCAGACCCCAACGCCUCAACGCUGGGCAAGCUUCACUCAGAGAGACAUCAGCUCAACGUAUUCUUUGGUAUUUUAUAUAACUGAUCCUACAACAAUUGCAGUCAUCUUUCUUCAAGGAGAACCCAUUGUAUGGAAGCCUUUAAGAAUCUGCAUCAGGAAAGCAAAGUAUCACAUUCUUCUUCCAUUGGAUGGAGGGAAAAACCUUCAAAUCACCCAGUGGGGAUCUUGCAGUUUUAUGGCUAAAAUGGAUUCUUAGAGCUGAUACUGGACUCUUGACUGUUUUAUUGCCAUGUGAAUGACUUUGAAGCACACAAAAGACUAGAAGUCCUGGGUCUACUUGUCAGUUUUCUUGCUUUGAAAGGGGGGGAAAGGACACAGUAUGGAAUUUUGGGCAUGCUCACUGGACUCUUCAUUACAUUAUGUGGGACUUUCUGAAAAUAAGAGUGAAAUAGUUGGGUUUUUUGUAUUUUUUUUUAAUUUAUGAACUAAUCCUAUUACUCUGGUAUUAAGCUCUGUAUCUGUUUUUAUCUUCUUUUUGGGGGGAGGGCAGAGGGUCCUACAAUUCUAAUUUAAUAGUUCUUUUCUCCACGAUAAACUCUGUGGACAAUCAUAUUGUGUACAUUAGUAUUGAGGACAUUUGGGACUGUUGGUAAGAAUUUUAGCUAUGUUUUUUUAAACCUGAUUUAGAUGGUAUGUGGACUGUGCAUGUGUCUAAACAGUGCCUUAUGCUGCCAUCUUGUUUUCGGUGGGUGGGGAGAAGUAGCUUGUGAUGAAUGAAAGGCAUUAAAUAAAACUUCGUUUACAUUUUGGGGAAAUAGAACACCUGCCUUCUCUUCUCUCCAUGCAUUUCUGGGUCUAGCAGAUGUGUAGAAUUCUUGCUUUCCCUCUGAGCUAGAGAUGGACUAGGAGAACUUAAAUUGGAGAUGCAAAAGACUAAAGUCUGUGGGAGCUCCCUGUGAUGGCAGCGUGAGGAGCAAAGACAAUCACCUGAAUGUUAAGUGCCAGAGAACUUGGCCAGCAAACAUCUGUUCAUCUAUCAAGGGAAGAUAAAGUGCAAGCAAAUAUUACAUCUCGGCACAUUUAUUUUUGACAAAAAUAUUUAUGUAAGUAAAUGCCUAUGCAAAUUAGAUUCAGCCUACAAGCUCCUGAUGAGCUGCCUUGGCAACCCUCAAUGUCAAACAGUUUGGCUCCCUGGGCUUGGAUAAAUCUCUAAUUCUCUAUAUAGAUUUUAUUAUUAUUUAUUUCUAUUACAGUAGCACCUUGAAACCCCAGUCAAGGAUCAGGACUUCAUAGAGCCAGGCACUCUACAGACAUAUGACAAGUAAAACAACCCCAACCCCAGAGAGGCCACAAUCUACAUGUUAUACAGACCCCACUGGUGUACAAAACAGACAAAUUGGGUGGAUGUUGGUUGGGAGGAGAUAGUAACAAUAAAACAAAGUUUAGCAGAUCAACAGAAGUCAAGGUUUGCCCCUUGCCUACCCAAUGCCAGAUGGGAGUAAUUUGUAGAUUUCACAGCAGAGGAAGGUUUAGAGGAAGGAGGUAUGAGAGAUGAUUAAAUGGGCAUUUCCCCAAAAGAGAGACAGUGUGAUAAUGUAUUGGCCUCAUUACCAAUGCAGCAUAUUUACUGUUUGCACACAGGUGUGACGCUAAAUAAGUUUUAAAGAUACAACAGCUACAGCUAUAAAGCCUUUGACAAGAAUCUCAAAACAGCCACUUCAGGAAAUAAAGAUCUAUUGCCAGCUCUGAGCGAGAGAGUUUCCUGCAGGGUGAGUGUGGAGUAUUGACCACAGAGUAAUUUAAUCUCAGCAUCUGGCUCAAAAGUAUCAGCCACUCAGCAUCUGUAAAGUAAGUUAUCCACACUCCCCUACAGCAGGCAGGAGGGGAAAAAAAAUCUGUUUCGGGUCUGGGCAGAGCACAAAACAAAAAUAAAGGGUGGUUCUCCAGCAGAGGAGUCUUUAGCCUUAUGGCCUGCUGAGAGAGGGAUUCGAGGAAAAAGCAAAGUCUUUCUGCAAUAGGUUUGGCUGGCAUAAAUAGAGAUUAAAUUUGACCACAAAACUAACACAAGAAAUCAGAGAAAUUGGGGGCAGGGGGAAAGUCUGACUGACAGACAGGUUCCCAUGAGAUAAACACAAGUGUGAGUAAAACCUUCAAAAGACAGUGACUCUGGGGAAUUGUAAGCCACUGACAGACACCAAAGCUGCAGCUUUUAGGAACUUGCCAAUCAAGUAAUUGUUUCUCAUGGAAUUUGGAGGCAUUGGCUGUCUCAUUUUACCCAAUAGCUCAUUCUUUCUGAAGCAAGUUAAGAGACUCUGCUUUCUGAACAUGUUCAGACAUUCUCAGGCUCGCUUAUGUGCUUGUGAUUUUCCUUCUCUGCAACCUCCAUCACCCCCAACUCCCCACCCCAACAGAGUUCUAGUGCUUUGUCUCUCUCAUAUUUGUACACACACACCCUUGCUCUCCCCUGUGUAUUGCUGCAUAUGCUCUCUCCAUAGUCAUUCAUUGCUCUCCUAGUUGGCUGUGUCCAUCUCUUCUAUGCCUCAGUAACAUUGAGUGGCAUAUGCCAGCAAGAGCAAUGAUGUACCGCAGACUUGGCAUGCACCAGCUUCCAGACGCGGGGUGACAGGUGUCCUCUUUUCACUAAAAAGCAUGGCCUUAGCCUUGCCUGUCUGAGGGAAUCUAGGAACAUUUUGUUCUGCAAAUAGCUGGCUACGGGCAAAUAUACAUCAGUCCUGGGUUAGCAGUUGGGAAUACCCAUGCCCCAGGCACAGUUCAGACUAUUGUUUGUAGUCAUGUUUAAAAAUAUUUUCAAACAUUGUUGCAGCCUUUCUAAACUACACUAGCAACCAAGUGAGUGGCAGCUAUGAGGUGACCAAGACCCUUGAGUCAAGUGUAAUGUAGGCCACCUCUGAGCCCUAGGUGAGUAAACCGAGCCUUGCCUAACAGACAUACUGAUGACAUUACUAAUAUAGGACUAAUAGGCUAAUAAUCAGAGCCUCUCCACUUACAGAGGGUCAGCACUCCUCCCACUGAACCAUCCUCUUAUGUAAAAACGAGGCAGUGAAAGAUAGCUAUCCUGUAUGGUAGAUUAUAUUCUGGCCUCUUAAAACUUGAAUAGGACUGUAAGAGUUGCAGAAUAUAGAAAACGCUGUUGCCACUUGUCAACACUUCAGGGAGCAAAAUACCUUUCCAAACAUAGAGAAAAACAAGCUGCACUAAACUGUGUCUUGUUUAGUCACUGGCUUGCAUUUCCAGAGAAACCAUUUGUUCCAUUAUUUAGGCACAGGCUGUGUUCUUUUUACUGUGUAGCACUGUAUUUAGAAGAAUUUGUAUCUUCCCAUCUAUUGUUGAUUAAAUAAUCCUUUUAUAUUGACCUUCACUCCACAGCACAAGCUUGAAAAUUACUUUCUCCUUCAAAGUUUAAAAUAUCUUGUAAGGGAAGUGGAGAGCCCUUCUCAAGUGUCAGUCGUGAAAUGAAGCCUACAGGGCCACCUUGACUGCUGGAGUAAGUUGGCAAACUCCAUUAACUUCAGGGUUAUACAUUUAUUUAUGCCAGCCACAAACUGGGCCUUAAACCAUUAUCUUGGCUAAUGGGCUAAGUAAUUACUAAACUAACCCUCCCCCCUGCCCGGCCCUUCCUCUAGCUCAGUGCACUUAUGUCAUGGGAACUCCCAAAGAAGUUUAAUCAUUCCCACUGCAGCAAAAAGCAGGUCUGAGGGACCCGCUCCCAGAAGUCAAGAAAUGAGCAAUAUAUAUAUACAUAUUUUAAAUUCAAAGAAGCCACAGGCAUUUAAACCACCUAUCAGGGUUAUUUAAGUGGAGUGAUAGCACCAUUUAUAGUUGAGAUUGUGAUAACGUGCUGUUAAACAUAGGUAUUGUAUAACAAGCAGGAAUAGUUAGCUGUAUAAGCUGUCAAUUUACUCCAUUCAAAUAAACAUACAUGGACGAAGGGCCUGUGGAAGGCCAUGGAGAAAUUCCCAUUGACUUCAGUGGGUUAUGAUUCUUGCCUCCAAAAAGUCACUUUCUCCAUAGACUCAGGAGCCAGAGCAUUUGCAUAAGUACCAAAAUACAUUUUUAACAAUGAAAAAAGUUCUUGAUGAAUACUUUUUUAUCCACAAAUUGCGAUUAUGUCUGAUCAUUACUGUCAGCUUUAUUUUAAACUGGAUGUAGACUUUAUAAGAAUAUACUACAGUGUUCUUGAGGUAUUGCCCAACAUGCUAUAUCCUCACAACACUGUUACUGUUGGGCUUGGGGGCCAAUGCUGUAAGCAUUUUUUACACAGAAAUAGGUGUUUGUAAGCAAAUGAUGACUGUGGAUGAUGCAGAGUAGCAUGUCCCUUACUUCAAGCCUCAUUAAGCUUCUCAGAGGUCUUGGGAAGAAAACUCUGUGAUCCAGUUCGAACUUGUUUUAUGAUGCUAUUGCAAUUAAGGGCAAUCAUUCAGCUGUUACAUAGUUUGGGUGGGAUGAGGGUUGUAAAUGCUGAUUUAUUGUAGGUGAUUUGCUGAAUCUGUUGCCUACCAGAGCAGCACAGGUGCUGCACGACUGUAACAGACUUGGGAAACACUGUAAUUAAAAUGAAAUAAAUUACUUUUGACAGAUAUGUUACAGUUUGUCAUCCUAAAAGGCAGAUUGCUAGGGCUGGAUUAAUUCUUCCUGCUGCUUUCUAUGAGUGACAAAGUAUUAUUUUAUUAGUGCUUUCCUUCCUUUCUGGCUGAUAAAAAUAUGCCUCGCUCACCCCCAUCUCCUUUCGGGCUGCUGGGACUGUCUUUACUUAAUUGUUCUUAUGUCCACAUUCUACAGACUCCAGUGGAACCAGGAUUUCAUCCUUGAAGUCACUGGCAAAACUACUAACUUCAAUAGGGCGCAGGUCUUCACCUGAGGUAUUCAACAGACGCAUGGGACAUCAUGCAAAAGAUUCACUACACUAAUUGUGCACAGACUUUCACUACAGUAAUAAAUGACUUAGAUCUCUUCUCUACCAUUGCUUACUCUGGUGUUUACCUGCAUGCCGUAACUCUAAACAUGAAUAGUAGUAGUAUUUAAAAGUAAAGAUGCUAAGUUAUAUAACAAGUGUAUUGUGUAUGUUAGGGCAUUUUGUGUAAAUGAAUGUAAAAAAACCCAAACCUGGUCAAUUUUCACCUUUUCCCAUUGGGUAUUUAUUAAUAUUUUCUUUGGAAAAAUGAGUAAGAGUAGCAGCACAGCUCUGAGCACAUCUGUUACCCCCAACAAUGCAAAAUAACUGGCCAAACUGUCACCAAUGUAAAGUGCCAUCUUGUCUUCAGAAUUAUGGAUGAUAAAAGUGCAGCUAAAAGUGCCAGAGCUGUCAGGGAUUCUCAGCUCAGCAUGGUUCCAGGCCAGGCUGGAGUCCAUGUGGACCCCAAGAGCCAACUUUCAGGUAGUUUUUCUAUUGGGUGGAGGAGAGGGACCAUAAGCAGAAAAGCCUGGUUCCCCACCUCCUCCUUGCAAACACUGCCUUUGGCUACAGUGUAAUUCAGCACAAAACAGCCAUUGUCAUUCCUCUUCCAAUAUCUCCCCUGCUUUUCCUUUUGCCAGUCCAUCAAAUUUUAAGUUCUCAGCUUCAAGGUCCUUUAAAGCUCCACCCUGGCUUACAUGUCAGUUUCUUAUUAUAUUCCCCUUCUUGUCUCCUUUGCUCAACUGGUGACACCAUCCCCUCCAUCACCUUUAUUUUCUUCUCCCACUUCAAUUUUUUACACCUCCUUCCAUGUUGUUUAUACACAAAAUGAUCUCCUAACCCCAGUACCAAAAGCCCCCAACCCUCUUAUUCAGAUCCCUUUUAAAGACCCACUUCUUCUGUGAGCCUCAGGAACACUCAAAUGCAUGCAACACCUAGUUUUCCUAAACUGAUAUCAUCCUCAGGGUCUAUCCAUACAUCUUCACUUAAUUGCAUCUUUUAGGCAGCAAGCAAAUGCUUUGUGUAUUGUAUAGGACCAAGCAAUAGUGCUUAAAUCACACGUAACAAUUGGACAAGAGGUACCAAAACCAGAAAUAUGUUUUAUUAGCUCUCUCUCCACAAGUUGCUAAUCAUUCAAUUAAAAUGUAAUCCAGAGCUGAACCACCUCUGCUUUUGAUUUCGUGAAACCAAACUGUGGCCCAUCACAAGCACGUGAAUAAUCUAAACACAAAUUUAAUUUGGAAUACUGUUGAAUGAAAUUUAAUGUGGAUAAAUGUAAAGUAAUGCACAUUGGAAAAAAUAACCUCAACUAUACAUACAAUAUGAUGGGGGCUAAUUUAGCUACAACUAAUCAGGAGAAAGAUCUUGGCGUCAUUGUGGAUAGUUCUCUGAAGACAUCCACGCAGUGUGCAGCAGCAGUCAAAAAAGCAAACGAGAUGUUAGGAAUCAUUAACAAAGGGAUAGAGAAUAAAAUGGAGAAUAUCUUAUUGCCCUUAUAUAAAUCCCUGGUAUGCCCAUAUCUUGAAUACUGUGUACAGAUGUGGUCCCCUCAUCUCAAAAAAGAUAUUUGGGCAUUAGAAAAGGUUCAGAAAAGGGCAACUAAACUGAUUAGAUGUUUGGAACAGGUCCCAUAUGAGGAGAGAUUAAAGAGGCUAGGACUUUUCAUCUUGGAAAAGAGGAGACUAAGCGGGAAUAUGAUAGAGGUAUAUAAAAUCAUUAGUGGUGUGGAGAAAGUGAAUAAGGAAAAGUUAUUUACUUGUUCCUAUAAGAACUAGGGGCCACAAAAUGAAAUUAAUGGGUAGCAGGUUGAAACAAAUAAAAGGAAGUUCUUCUUCACUCAGUACACAGUCAACCUGUGGAACUCCUUGCCUGAGGAGAUUGUGAAGGCUAGGAUUGUAACAGGAUUUAAAAGAGAACUGGAUAAAUUCAUGGAGGUUAAAUCCAUUCAUAGCUAUUAUCCAGGAUGGGUAAGGAAUGGUGUCCCUAUUCCUGUUUGUCAGAAGGUGGAGCUGGAUGGCAGGAGAGCGGUCACUAGCUCAUUUCCUGUUAGGUUCACUCCCUCUGGGGCACCUGGCAUUGGCCACUGUCAGUAGACAGGAUACUGGGCUGGAGGGACCUUUGGUCUGACCCAGUAUGGCCAUUCUUAUGUCAAUAUACAAAACUGCUUCUUUUGAGCUAACUAAUGCUUUGCAAAAAAAAAAAAAAAAAUCUGCAAAGGGAGUUCCCUGCAUUUACCCCAGUGUUAGACUGUUGCCUUCCAUCUCUAGCUUAUAAAGGGUUUGUGUUUGUCUUUUUGGUUUUUUUGGCCGCUCCUUUACAUUAGUUUAGCUCCCACCUGUAGCCACAUGAUGGCAACAAAACGCCAUCAUUAGCCCCGCCCUGUGACCCCCCCCCCCCCGGCCAGGCAGCCGGGCGCCUGCAGGGAGGGGCCCUCCCCAGCGCCCCACGCGGCAGGGAAACGCCCAGCUUGGCGAUAGCGGGAGACGAGGGGCGCUCUCGACAGGCGGCUGCAGGGCGGCCGCAGCGCGCGCGCAGGGGCCGCCUUCCCGCCAACCAACCAGCGCAACCGCCCAAGCCGCUUUUAACCCCCACAGCUCCCUCCGCAAGACCAGGAAGGCGGGGGAGGGGCAAGAGCGCUCCCGGGCGGGCGGAGGGGAGCACCUGGGAAGGCGCCCAGUGGUGACACUCCCCCCUCCUCCCCCCCCGCGGGAGCGGCGGCCUCGGGUGGACUGAGGGGCCCGCUCGUGGGAGCGCUUUGCCUCGAGGGCAGCCGGGAAACGCCGGGGGCGGGCGGUGUUUAACUCGAGGCCCGUCCGAGCUUCGUCUGCCGGGGGGGCCGCGCCUCACCCGCUCGGGGGGGGGGAGGGGGGGUUCGUAUCGUUCUCUGGCGGGACAAAGCGCCUUGCAGCUGCCCGGGUUGACAGCCCCGGCCCCGGCCCCGGCCGGUUCGAAAUAAAACCACCAAAACCCACUUACUGGACGUGGACUUGGUGCCCCCGGCGGGCCAGUGCGGAGGUAAGAGCGACCCCCUGCGGCAGGCGCUACCCCCGCGGGGCGGGCCCAACGCCUGCCAACUUCCUCAGGCCAGGCAAAGCGG